GAGCUUAAAGCCAAAGACGAUCAUUUUGUGAAGGAAUUAAAGAAGCGUUCUGAGGAUGUGGAAGUUAUGGUGGAACGGAUGGAGUCCCAGAUGAAGUCCAUGCAACGCGCGUACACCUUCGAGUUGCAAGAGAUUGAGGUCGACUACCUGAAGGAAAGACAGGCGAGGAUUGAGGAGUUGGAUGAGCUGAUUCACACCCUGCGAACCAAUCACUGUCAAGAGUUCAACGCGCUGAAGUUGAGGCUGACCACGGAACAAUUAGAAACUGACUUACAACAGAUGAAAGCAGCUUAUCAGCUGAACCUGGAGAAGCUGGAGUACAAUUUCCAGGUCCUCAAACGUCGCGAUGAGGAAAAUACCAUCACGAAGUCAAAGCAAAAACGGAAGAUCACGCAUUUGCAGGACCAGCUCAACAUCAUUCGUACCAGGUCAAGGAAAAUGGAAGAACAAAUGAGGUGA